AUGGGUCUCCACCGCAACAACUUGGACUCACUCUGCCUCUCUCUUAAUUCUCUCUCUUCACAGUCCGUUCCAGGUCUCUAUUCCCUCCACUGUGUGUCCUACCUCAAAAUUUUCCAGGGAAAAGGAAAGGGAAAAUUGCGAGAAAAUCCCGAGAAAACUGUCGGAUUGAAGCAACUUGUAGGUUCGGUGGAUUCAGCUAGCUCAUCCGGAAAGCUCUCUCGAGAAUCUAAUAAGCAGCGGUUUCAUAGAAAUGGAUUACAGUAUGAGUAUGCUUCGGCCGAUCAAAUACACCGAGCACCGAAGUGUCACCAAGAAGCACACCAAGCCAUUAACCGCAAAACCCAAAAAGAUUUCCGACGGAAAAAGGUUGCCGGAGCGUGCCCCGGGUCGUCCGGGUCUCGUUACACCGACCCGGAUGCCACGGACUCGUCGAGCGACGAGGAGGACGUGCUCUUCGGUCGACAACGCGUGAAGAGGUACGUGAGCGAGAUUAGCAUCGAACCUGGUUGCAAGGCCCACACGUUUAAUGCCCCGAAGAAGAAGGCACCUGGACCCGGAGAGGCACUCCAGGCGAAUAGGAAGCAGAUGAAGGCGGCCAAUACGGGCACUGGCAGAAAAUUCCGGGGCGUACGGCAGAGGCCGUGGGGCAAAUGGGCUGCGGAGAUCCGAGACCCGGCCCGUCGGGUCAGGGUGUGGUUGGGUACUUACGACACGGCGGAAGAAGCAGCUAUGGUUUAUGACAACGCGGCGAUUAAGCUUCGUGGUCCCGACGCGCUGACGAACUUCAUAACGCCGCCGUUGGCGAACGAUGUCCCCGAGGCCAACAUGACUUCAGUUUCCGGCUACGAGUCCGGGGACGAGUCUCACUCCCACAGCCUAUCUUCUCCCACCUCCGUGCUGCGUUUCAGGUCUCAUUCCAACGAAGAGGCUGAACCAGUACAUGAAGCUACCGCAGACAAAGAAGGUUUGGAGUAUCUGCCCGUUGACGAAACCGGUUCAGCAAUUCUGCGAGUCUCCGCCGGUUCAGGGAAUCCCAACCCGAACCCCAACCCGAGCAAGUUGAGCGCUUUGAGGAGUGCCAGGUGA